AUUCCUCGGGAUCUCACGCCACUAUCAUAAACCUACUCCACCCGCUAUAAUGCUGCCACUUUCGCCGCAUAUGAAUCAACUACCACAGUUGACCUACUUAGUGGCUGAGUGUGACAAAGCCGCACAAUAAUCUCAUCUCUUCCUGCUUCGCUCCUUUUUAGCGGCCUCGAUUCUGACGCUCAUCACCUGCUGAUCACAUAAAUCAUUCAGCAUCGAUCUCCAGACUACACCCACCCUUUGUUCCAGAGACCCUCUGUCAACUUACUCCAGACGAUGCGCAGCGAUGGCAACCCAUCAUCUGAUGCUCCCCCUCAUUCAGAGAAAUCCCCAGUCUUCCGGAACCACAAACGUAGUACAUCAGAAUAUCUACACCUUCCUCGUUCCCCGCUGCCGCCAUCUCGUAGGUUGUCCUUCUCGAAGCGACACACCUCUUUCCAUUCGCCCAGAGAAGUUCCCCUACCUUCUCAGUUAACGGGCUAUACAUUCCCUAAUACGGCUUCCAACACAAGACCAAAUUUAUUUGGCUCGAAAGGUGACGACUCUACAGGAUUGGAUCAUAGCUCCACCGGGUUGCUUCAUUUGUCACCAUCAACACAAUUGCAGCCUAUUCCACAUACACCGGCUAGAAUCGCAAGCCCUGACUCAUCGCCAGACAUGAACACUUCACAUCUUUCGGGCAGCAAGCAACCUGAUACUCCUGAUACUUCCUCAGCAACUAUUCGCCAGCAGUUCUCAUCACAUAGUAUGGAAACUCAACUCAUACCAGCGGCGCCUAUGUUUCCGUCCUCGUUACCUGACGGUCAUCUGUCUAUGCAACCUAUCAGUUGUCUAGAUGAUGAUUCCACAGCGAGGCUGCCCUUACCACCGCAAACUCCUUGUAAUCUUCUGCCCCGGAUGGAUGGUUCAGUAACUGUUGCUUCGUCUUCCCCCAGUAACAGCCAAUCACCGUCGGAGGCAUCCGAGCGGCGAACGCUGCCCGUGCCUCCGCAAACAAAUGCAGCAUCCAAUGAUCUGCAAUUUAAACACCUUUCUCUGUCCAACGCACCCAUCCCAUGCUCACCUCCUCCGGCCUACUCGUGCGAUAAUUUGCCCGAUGGCCAGACGCACCCGCCUGCGUCAUCUUUCAAUUCAAGCCUGUAUCCUGCUCCCGAGGCACCAGUGAUUUUGACACCGCCGACGCAAGCUGAACGCUGCGGAGAAGAUGCCGAUAGACGUGCUCCUUAUGACUCGUUUCUUUGUCAUGCUCCUCCCCCAGAUACUUGGAUAGCCGUGGAGACUUCGCCGUCGGAGUAUCGGCUGGUUGUGCGACUCCCUGGCUUCAGAAGGGAUGGCAUUACGAUUUCUACCCGCAGGCGCCGCAUACUUCACGUCGUUGCUGAUUCAUGGGAGCCUGAAGGCGGGCACUUCGAACGUCGUGUGUUGUUCGGAUAUGACGCUGAUCUGGCGCAAGUGCGCGCAGAAUUUGACGGACAGAUCCUUCGUAUCAUCGUUCCUCGGCGUGUUCCGGGAGUUUCUUGGUAUAACCAUCAGUAAAUCAUAUUGUGGUCGAGCGUCUAUCACUUGACACUGCUAUGUUAAUAACAUUGCAUGACUCACACCUGUGGGUUCAACUUUAUCGCACAGUAUAUCCUCAUCUAGCAUGGCAUUUCUUCGGACCCAUCCACCGAAGACAUGCUCACUUCCACCUGUACAGUAUUCAUACUCCAUUGUUGGCUUUAUUUACACUUAUUUUCUCAAUCGGGUUGAUCCGGUGCCAAGGAAGGUCAACCUAAUAUGAUAGACUGAGAUAUAUCAGUAGCUAUCCUUCCAAGCGCAACCGCAUCUUCGACCUCAUUACUUAUUUACCCACUAUUUCCCUCCUAGUGCUGGUUCCAUUCCCUGUGCGCCCGACCUAUGUAGCUGACCGAAAAGUCUCGCAUAUUUAGGUGCAAUCAACUUGUAACACACUUUAUGUAAUUUGUGAAAGGCGUGAAUUCGAACCCUAACCUCAUAA